AGCCAAUCAGAUAAGCCCCUACAUAACGUACGUACCACCGUUGGACGUGCCAGCAUGAAUGGUAUAUGAAGCGUCGCCUGUGUUCACCUGUGUUUUCGUUUAUUCUUGACCUGCACGUGUGUGUUAUCUCGUAUCCAAGCCCGGGCGGACCUGAGGAGUUUCCGCAGUUUGUUGUCGAGAUUAAAUUCAGACAGAAUUUGUGAUAAAAACGAGCAUUAGCUUUCGGUUUGUUAGCACGCUGCUAGCUGCUUUUAGUUCAAAUCGUAGCUGUGAGGCUAGUUAGUAACCCCAGAAGUAAUAAUAAACUAGCUGGAAGUUGUUUAUGGAAACAACUUGCUGUUUCACUACUUUCUGGAAGAAAAAGUCGUUGAUUUAAGUCAGAAACUGUUCAUUACACGGUUAUACGAGCGCUUGGUGGAGCAGGUGACCUUCCCUGACAGCUGUGAGAGAGUUUGACUUCUGUGAAUGGACAGAAAGAAGGACUGAGAGAAUCGAAGCACACCUGUAAUUCACCUGGACAUGUAAUAUAUCCAUUUCUAUGGUUGUGUGCUCACUUGUAAGAAUGAGUCGCCGCUCUGUGGUGAACUUUGUCAGCCUGCUGUGUGGAAACUCUCACCGUCACCUCCACACUUCAAUACGCAACAACUCCUCACUGCCUAAAGGUGGGUUCACACCUGAGAAAGUGGCUGUGGUUACAAAGACGACUAGAUAUGAGUUCGAGCAGCAGAGGUACCGAUACGCAGGACUCUCUGAGGAGGACUUAAAACAGCUGGUAAGGACUUAGUUUCACUAACCCUAAGAUCACCUCUGAUUAUUCUCUACAGUAAUUGUUCGGGGCUUGUUUUGCAGCUUGCCAUGAAGGGCUCCAGCUACAGUGGCCUGCUGGAAAGACACAACAUCCACACUAACAAUGUGGAACACAUUGUGAAGAGCCUGAGGUAAGAUUAGACACAUUCAUGAGAAGCACAAGACGUUUGGCAGCUUUGCAGAGGUAGCAAAAGUAUACAUUGAAUUUGGUAUAUGUAGUGUAAAAGUACUGAUAUUUGAGUAAAAUCUUUUUAAUGCUCCCUAAUCCUCAUUUUUAAGUUUUCAAAGCUACUAAAAAUGCCUUUAAAUUCGAGUUAUUCUGUUGAAGGAAAGCUUUUGAAAACACUGCUGUAAAAGACAGCGAGUUUGAAGAAUGACACACAUGAUGAGGUCAAGAGAGGUUGCAGCUACUGAUAAUUUAAGGAGUCUGUAUAAAAACACAAAUUAGAGGGCAAUUCAUGAAGUAUCACCUUAUGAACUACAGCUGGGUAUUGGCAAGGACCUCAGGUGGAAUAUUGAUCACAAUACUUAGAUCGUGGUACCCAUUUUACAAAUGAUGAAAUACUGUCAUACUUUGCAAUUCUAAAAAUAUUGGUAAUUUAAAACCCAACUUCACGAACAGAUGGGACUAAGGGAAACAGAACUUAAUGGUUUCUGACUCAUUUAAACCCAAUAUUGAAUUGGAAACAGUGCAAAGAAACUGAAAAUUAGCAGAUGUUUUCAGUGGGUGAAAGGUCAGGACUGCAGACAGGUCAGUUUAGCCGCAGGACUUUUUUAUGACAGGGGCUAUGCUGUUGUAAUACCUGCAGACAGUUGUUCAACACAUAGACUUAUUUACUUAGACACUACUUUCUGAAGAUAAGUGAGAAAAAACGUGUACUGAAAAUAAUGAAUAUUCACUUAUUCCAGUAUACAAAGAAAGCAGGAAGUGUUUUUUUUCCCUGUCAGGUUUGAUUUAUUUGCAGUCGUCUACUUCUACGACUACCUCUCAGAUUAUUUAUACAUGAUGAAAUUUACAGGAAGCAAGGAAUAAUCUUUUUUUAAAAUUAAUUUCUGUAUCAUUUAUUGAGGUUAUAAUGGUUUAUUACAUUGAGAAAGAGCUGCUUAGUGAUACAAAAUGACUCAAUUUCCUCUGGAUCUAUUACAUCUGGAGUAACAAGCAGGUUUUCAAAAUGUAAGAAUCAGAGAGUGGAAAUAUUUGUAUUUGUAAUGUGAGGAGUAAAAGUAAUAGGUAAUAGGCUACUGAAGGAACAAUACAAACUAUUUGUGCUUUGCCCCUUAUCACUUCUGCUUCUUAAUGUUUGCAAAACUUUGAUUUUAUUCUUUUGCUAUGUUUACGUUUGCAGAAAAGAAGGCAUGGAGGUGCGAGUAGUGAAGAGAGGAGAAUAUGAUGAAGAGGUGGUGCGAUGGGCUGAUGCCAUCAUCUCUGCUGGAGGUAAAAAUACACACACACAUAUAUGUAUUCUAAGUUUUCCAUCUUUGUUCAACCAGGGAAGUCAACUAGUGUACAUUUUUUGUCUUUAUUGUCUCUACUUUUUAUUUGAUUUUCAGCAAAAGAAAUUUCCUAGAUGACAUACUUUUGUGUGCAGGCAUGAUGGAUUGAAUGGACAGGACUUUGACUUAUUCAAUGCUGGGGGCAAAAAGUCACCUGGACAAAGGUUUCAGACUGACAACAGAAAAAAACACACAAUACAAGUUCUCUGACUGCAGUUUCUUUUGUUACGUUAGGUGACGGGACAAUGCUGCUGGUUGCCAGUAAGGUUUUGAGCAAGGACAAACCAAUUGUUGGAGUAAACACCGACCCUGAGAGGUAAAACACAUAACAGCACUUUUUGGGUGGCUAAUGAAGGAACAGUUAGAUUCCUAUCACUGCAUCUCUGUGAAAAAUCUCUCAAGGAGAUGCGUCCAUAAACACUUGAAAGUAUGAAACAAGGGCUGCAAUUACUUUUUUGUAUUUAAAUUGUGUUAGCCAACAGCUUCUUAUGGGCUUAACAGCUGCAAGAAUGAUCUGCAGCAUCCUGGAUUUUUGGUUUUACCUCCGCAAGGCCAGAAACGAUUCUUAAAGAGACAAAAUGAUAAAGUUUAUUUUGCAUGGCUAAAACCUGAAUUCUUUAGGAGGUGGGUUACUGUGUAAAAUGCUGAUAGUUUGCAGAUCAUUCGAAUCCUGUAUUUGACUGAAAAUUGAUCAGUUAUUAAAACUGAAAAUUCUGUCGUUUUAUAAAAUUAUAUACUCGUCUUCAAUUUGAUGCAACAUGUUUCAAAAGAAGUUAAGGUAGCCAGUGUUUUGCAUCACUCUGUCUUUUAACAACACGAUAUAUUGUUCAGCAUAAUGGAGCAUGCCCUGAUGUGUAAGCCACCCCCACUAUGGGCAUCUUCUGUAGAGUAGAGGACCAUUUCUGAUUUCCAAAAAGAAUGUAAAAUUUUGAUCCAUCAGACCACAGGACAGUUUUCCUCUUCCCUUCAGUCCAUCGUAAAUGGGUGUAAGAGAAGUCUCUGGUGUUUUUGGAUCAUGUUUCUAUCUGGUUUCUUUGCAUUGUUUGGUUUUAACCUUAUUUGAAGAUGCAGUGAUUUCUACUACAGAGUCCCGUCUGUUUUAAUGAAGUGUUGCCUGAAAUAAAUUCUUAUUCUUUUGGAAAUACUGGGCACAGUUUUUUAGACCUUAACUUGUAUACAGUAAUUGUUCCAUUUUAAAAAAGACAACAACUCCAAUUUAAAAUCUUGUUUCAUGUCUUUACUUUUGUGUUACUCUUCAAGUUUAAGCUGAAAUUAUUUUUCUCGGUCAUCUAAAGGUCAGAAGGUCAUCUUUGCCUGCCUGUGCGGUACACUCGUGCCUUCCCAGAGGCUCUGCAGAAACUCCGUCGUGGUGAGUUCAGGUGCGUAUUUACCCACAAACAAUCUGAACGCUAAUAUCCUGUCACCUUAUGUACACUCACCUUAUGUACACUCUGCCUCUUAUCUCUUUAUAGUUUGUCACUAAAAUUAUCCCAACACAUACAAUGACAUGCAUGUAAUGCCCUGCUGUCUAUUCAGACUUUGUCUGUUAUUAGCUUACAGUUGGAGACAGGCUUAAACCUGUUGUGCCAGGCGCCUCAAACUCCCCUGCUGUGUUUUCAGCUGAGCCUUAAUAGCCUAAAUCCAGUUACUGAGUCAUGUCCUAGGACUGAAGGUUUUUCUAUCUGGAAUUCAUUAUAAAUCCCUCCCUUAGAUUUCCUUAACUAGUCACAGAGUUUAUUUGAACUCCUUAAUAAGAGUAAAUUGGUGAUUCUUAGGCUUUUAAAAUGUUUUUAACCUCUAGGUUUUCUAACACUCUUAUUUGAAAUGUAUCUAAAUAUGUAAAAAGCAAUAUAAAGUAGGUCUCAACUACAUAUUUAUAAUUUUUACAACUUCAGUUUUUCCACUAAGAAUACAGCAGCACACAGAAGUGUCUCCUUCAUCCCACAUUUAUCCUCAUUUACCACCAUGAGUUUCAUACUGAAAUAGUUUAAAAUAGUUGGUUUAAAAUAGUUAAUAAUAUUAAGUAAAUAUGUUAUAUAAAUAAAAGAGGGGCAAUAAGAAAAAGACUAAAACUAUGAGUGAAAAAGUAAAUGUGAAGAAUAUGGAAAGUUAAAGAUCUUCUCUUUACCUAAUUUACCUUUUACUCAUUUUUUUAUUGCAAAUUUUAUACAAAUUAUUAUUUUUAAUUAGAAUGCACUAUUGAACAUGUCUUUCUAAGUGUUUUUCAUCUUUUGAAUGUAAAUAUCUCUUAAAUGGUCAAAUACAUUUUUGCUCCAUUAUUCUGCAGGGAAUCUCUAAGCCCCUCACACAGCUGCUCCACCCUCUUCCAGUGGUAUAUGAUUCCAAGCGAAGGAUUUAAGUUUCAUUACAAGGGCCAAGUUAUCUAACUAUAGCUCUGCUGGAUGAAUAAAGUCACAUGAAUCUAUAACUUGCAGUCGCAAAUAAACAACCCUCCUCACUGAAGAACUUUUAGCCUCUUUUAUCCAAUAGUGUCAGUUUUGUGUUGUUAUUUUGUUCAUUAUUGAGCUCAUAUCAACAGGUGUACAGAGCACUUUAUCAGGGAUAAUAUGUCAGGGCUGUUCUUACCAAGAGGGUUAAAUGACACAUAAAACUACUAUUUUUGUCAAUGGUAUCUAGAAGCUUCAAAAAGAGUGAUGAUGAACUGCUGUUUUGGUUAAAUAAACAUCUUUCAAUUCAAACCAAAAGGUCUAUUUCUUAAGGGAUCCUUAUCGUAAAAUUGUCAAACACUAAGGAUAUCAGUUUGGGCUUGUCAGGGACAAAACACCAAGAAGAACAUCGCACAACAAAUGUGGUCUGAAGAAUCUAAAUUAGACAUUCUUUGGAAAUCAUGGACUCUGUAGUCUCUGCUCCAUGACCACCUGGGUUGUUCUUGGCUCACAGUUCCAAGCCAGCAUCCCUGAUGGUGUGGGGAUCAUCGGUGUUCAUAGAUAGUUCAUGGAUAGUUUCCACAUCUGUGAAGGCUUCAUUAAUACUGAACAAUAUCUACAGGUUUAGGAGCAACAUAUGCUGACAUCCAGACAAAGACUUUUUCAGGGAAGAUCUGAAAAUGAAAGAAGAGCUGAUGAUGAACAUUGAUGAUGAACACAGAUAUUUUUGCAUAAAACAAACAAAAAACUCUUUUCAACUUCGAUGGUAUAAUUAAGCUCUUUCUUUUCUUUCCUUACUGCGUUCAGGUGGCUGUGGCGUCAAAGAAUCCGUUUGUACUUGGAGGGAACAGGAAUCAAUCCCACCCCUGUGGAUCUGCAUGAACUACAGCUGAGUCUGGAGCAGCACAGUCAGGCUCACCGUAUCACCACCAUCGACAGCCAACGGAGUAUGACCUCCACCUGACAUGUGUCCCUGUCCCAGUCCUCCUGUCUGACUGUCUCUUUGUGUUUUUCUGUCUGACUCUCUGUGGAUUUUAACCUCUAACAAGGAUCAGAAAUCGUUUGUCCUUUAGUUUUCUGCUUCUGAUUCAGUCAUAUUUCUCAGGGAAAGGAACCUUAGAUGAGAGUUUCUCCAAGCCGAGCCUGCUCCCAGUCAGAGGUCUAAAUGAAAUCUUCAUCGGAGAAUCUCUGUCCUCCAGGUACCACUGUCAUUAACACUAAUUGAAUCUAAGUUGAACCACUUUUUAACUUUGUGUUAACCUCCAUAGGGCUUCAUACUACGAGAUCUCUGUGGACGAUGGCCCGUGGGAGAAGCAGAAGAGUUCAGGACUUAGUAUCUGCACAGGAACAGGAUCCAAAGCCUGGUUAGUGUAACUGCACACACCUUACAGCUUAACCUUAAAUAUUUGACUGUUCACUAAUCCAAGUCAAGCAUGUGUUUAAGAGGAUAGAGGACGAAGUUUUAUUGACAUAUUCAAUGGAUGUGGAGUAUGAAUUUAGAGAGCUUUAGUUAGCCAAGCUUGGCACAAAGUCUGGAAUCAGAAGGAGGAAGCUAUGAUUGUAAAACAAAUCAUAAAAACAUUUAGUGGCAAACUUCAGUUCGUCUGUCAGCUAUAUUCAGUCUUCUUCCGGUCACUUAGCUUCUCCCAGACUUCCUAUCUGCCAAAAUGCCCCAGUACAUGUGGAUUUUAGUUGAAGGAAAUGUUCAAGAGAAGCUCUUAAUACCAUCAGUUUAUCAUUUAGCAUUCAUUUAUACAUUAGCUGAAAGCAUCACAAAAUAAUACACUUGGACUCCAGCAAACAUCUAUUUUCAGCUGGCUAUUAUUUUAGUGAGUAUCAAGUCUUUUAGUGCUCUGUCUCAACACUGUUACUGGUCGAGCAGGUUAGGAAUUAGUGACUUAGUUUGUAGUUGGGCUUUCUUUCAUCAUACACAUCGAUAAUCUCGUGAACAAACUGACUCAAAGCACGGGCUUUCAUUUUUGAAAGGCUUGUGUUAACCUGCCAACUUGUUCAGGCCUCUUAUCCUUGUGUACUCUGCACCCUCGUGUACCCUCCAUACUUUGGAUUCUAUGUCCCUAAGUGACCCAUAUCAACAGCACUGGUUCCCGUCAUCAUCGUAUACUUCAUGAACUGAGGUGAAGUGUGGCUACCAGAGUAAGACGCUCUGUGUCAGAGGGGGAUUAUAGCAUUUUUAAUCAUCAUUUGAGAUAUUUUCUGAUCUUGUAAAUAAAUGACAAAAGAUAGGUCAGAGAUGUUUGGAAUUGCUCCAGUAGAUUUCUUUGCACUUCAGAAGGUAAACAGGCUGUAAUGCCUGUUAUGAAACCCUAAAUCCUGAAUGUGUUUAAUCAAAGCAGAUUCUAAAAUAAGGGUGGGACAAAAUGUAGAUCCUCACUUGUGUGAUAUGCACUUAUUCUUGAGCUCUCACUGAAUAUCUGGAUUCUUAAUUCAACAAUAUUACAGCGCUCUGAACAGAUGACCCUUACAGUUAAACUCUGAGGAACAGUGCUACUGAUUGUCAGCCCCUAUGACUGUCAUAUAGGGGUGGGAGAAAAAAAUGAUUCACAUAAGUACCACAAUUUUUUGUUUUACAAUUUUUAAAUUGAUUUUUAUGAUCAAAAAAUAGUUUGUUUGUUUUUUUGUUUUUUCAAAUUUAAGAAUAAAUCUUAAAAACUGACUUACAUGUGAUGUGUAUUUUUGGGGCAAAUAUGGUUCCUGAAAAAUGCAGACAAAAAAUUGAGAAAUUUGACAAUAUUGUAGAAUUGCAAUUUAAAUCACAUAGGCAUCCAAAAUUCGUACAAUCCAAGCGGGAGAAAAGUGUAUUAUCCCAGCCCUACUGUAAUACUUAGCCUAUUCUUCAGUUAAUCUGAUACUGUGAUUUCUCUAUAAACCCUUGCUUGCUCUGAAGUUCGUCCUCUCUUUUCAUCUUCAGGUCGUAUAACAUCAACAAACUUUCUGAACAAGCUGUGGAGGAGGUGCUGAAAAUUGGUGCGUGUGUUCACAAGUUAUAAAACUAAAGAUGUCUUUUUAAGUUUGAACAUAUGUGACAUGACCUCAGUGACGAACUCGUCUAUCUUUUCAGCCAAGUCUCAAACAGGUCUCAACAUCCCCAUCACUCGUGACGUCAUUGAAAAGGGUGAGCUGACAGUCCUUGUUUACUUAUUUUCAACUCUUUGAUGAGCUCUGUCUCGUGUGAUAAUGAUGCAUCUGUGUGUGUGUGUGUGUUCAGUUACUGAUGAAUACAACGAGUCUCUGGUCUUCAGUCCGGAUGACAGACGUUUGUUAUUCAGCGUCAGGGAGCCGAUCGUCAACCGUGUGUUCUCCAACAGCAGACAGAGAGGAUUCGCCAGCAGGUCAGUGUCUCAGCAAAACACUCAAGUCUGUCUAAAGCAGCUGUGAACCCGUCUGAAUGUUUCUGUGUCUGCUGCUGCUGCAGGGUGUGUGUGCGCUCACGGUGUUGGGACGCCUGCAUGGUGGUCGACGGCGGGACGUCAUUCGAGUUUAAUGACGGCGCCAUCGCCACAAUCAGCAUGAGCGAGGAGGACCAGCUCCGCACGGUUCUUCUAGAGAACUGAGAGUCUAGAGUUCACAUCGUUCAACUGAUUUUCCUCCAGAGUUUAAAGGGAAGAAGAGCAUUUAGAUUUUAGCCUCCACACCUGUUUUUAUACCUGAAGAAAAAGAAAAAGGUGUCAUUGUUACUUUUGUUUCAUGAAAAGUGUGCUUUUUUCCAAAUUUAUGAUUUUCAAAUCAGAUAUAUUUUUUUGUUUUUAAAUCCCUGCACUGCUAUCCUCAGAUUGUAACAGGAUAAAAUGGCUGUCAAAGUUUUGUAGAUAGUGUGUCAGGAAGCUUUAUCAUGUCUGUUACGGUCAACUGUCCUGCAUUUAAGCAAAGGUCUUUGCAGGUCUUGAUGAAAGAGAGAAAUCAGCACACUAAGGGUUUAAAUUCACACCCAUUACAGGUUAAGAUUUUGUCAAAUGGCUUUUGUCAUUCUGUCAAUAAAUCUAAAGGUUGGCCUGAAUGAUGAUUUACGUCUACUUGAGGACCAGGUUUAGAGCGCACCGCUCUAAAGGGGUCAUUUCUACUCGUUGCUCAUGGAGUUGUUUACCCUUGCAUCCUCGAUACUGCUCUGUGGUCAGCACAGAUAACUUUAGAUGUAAAUGAAUGGGGGAUGUUGAUGGUGCUUUCUCUGCAUUUAGCCUUUUAUUUGCCACCUUUUAAAGACAAAAAACAGUUUCUUUUCCUCUACAUAUUUUUAAAUCACCUAAUCAUUCAAUUUCCAGCUGACUUUCUACUCUCUGGCAACCCCAGCUCCUCUGCACAGCUCAUCUCCAUAUUAUCUCGUUCCUGCUGAAGAAAUAACUUGUAAAAUCCCACAAAAAUAGACGCUUACAGUGCUGCUGUUUUCUGCAAUUUUUAAUCAGCCUUUCAAUCAUGCAUUCAACAGGGGCUAUUUUUUGUGGUGGAUGAAUCCCCCUUUGGUGCUUUGGUUCGUUUGUGUUGCAGAGGGUUGGCGUAUUAUUGAUUGAGUCAAACUAAGGAGUGUGUGCUCAGCAUCUGUGGCUCAGAGAAAGAAGAAUAAACAUCAACAUCAUAAAGUGAGACACACUUUAUUUGAUAGAAGUUAAUUUAUAAUCUGUGCUGAUGUUGUAUAAAGUGUUUCUGUACAGCAAACCCGAAGCACAGUGACUUUGUCUCGGCUUUUUUGUUGACUAAAGAUAUUUUUGAAAGAUAGCGUCUAUAUUUUCUACGUGUUGAAACACUGGAGUCUGAGAGGAGUUGAAAUAAGUGCACUAAAGCAGAACUCUGUGUUUCCGGUCAAAGUUAGUAUGUAACCUCUCACAGGACAGAAAAAGAAAGGAAAUUAAGUGGCAGCAUGUGACUGAACUUUCCCACACCACAAAUAACUCGAUUUUGACUGUAUUUGGUUAAAAGUGAUGCAAAAAUAUGUACUUUUUUUAUCCUGGGUGCCAGAAUCUAGACAAACAGGAAAUUUCUCACAGGAGCUUUAAUUUGAAAAAAUGUUUCAUCACUUUUUCUUCAAGAGGUUUAUAAAACAAUCAGGAUACUGUCAAAUAACAGCGUGCCAAAGGCAGAGUCCUGCAUGAACAUGUGUAAGUGUUUUUAAAUCUGAUAAAGUUGUAUGAAAUGAGAAGUCUCUGCGUUUUGAUUGACUCACCGCUGUCUCUUUGUUGUCAGCGACAUAGGAGCGAGUGUCUCUUCAAGUUACUAAUCAAUCGGACAUUCAAACUUUCAAAACCUUGUUAGAGAUAAAUUAUGUAGGUUUCAUGUGUUUAUGAAGUUAUGUGAUGCUUCUUUCUUGUCUUGCCCUUUUCUCUAUUUGUGUUUCAUCUUUAACCUUUUCAGAAAUAACACAAUAAUAUAGUUAAUUAUGGUAUUUUAUGUUCAUAAUAAUCUGUACUCUGAUGUUGUCACAGCUCUAAUACUCAAUAUGUAAAAGAAAAAGUCCAGGUUUAAAAAUCCAGCAUGAAAGUCCAGUUGUGGAAACAAACUCACACACAAGAGGUUUAAAGAGUCGCUUCUUUUUUACUGAAAAAUGAACAACUGACAAUUCAAAACAGUUAAACUUCAGCCUGUUUGACACUAGAUUGACAUUGUAAGAAAGCACCGAGCGUACAGCUCAACAAACACUGACAUAUUGAGGUCAUAAUUAACCUCAUGUUGACAUGAAUGAUAUCCUGGUUCAGUCAUUUAUGAAGGUAAUAUCUUUUCUGUAACAGAGUGGUUCAAGAGGGAUUUUUAAAGCUGCAUUGAAUGGAUUUGUUCUUCGUUUGGACUUCCUCACUGAUUAAAAAUCAGAUGUUCUUUCAUUAUUACUACUGCUGAAAUUAUGAAUGGUAGUUAAAAUGUCUAAAACAUCUGCUGCUCCAAUUAUUCACGGACAUCUUAAAGAUGUCAACAUUCACUUGAGCCUUUAAAACCACAUUUUCAUCACAAGAUAUCUUAAAUUAAGACAUUAUUAGACCCCAAAACAGAUCCAAAAAUUCACUUAAACUUCGUAAUAAAACAUUCAACAAAACUGGAUUCAACAUCCCAAAUCCAACAAUUCUCUAAAAGCUGGUGUUUCUAAAACCAUUUAUUCCCACCAGCUCUAAAAGCAUCAACUGUAGCAGCAGCAAACACUGAAACCGAACCCCACGGUUUACAGUUUGACCCUCAGACGACACUUUCUGUCCCACAUGGUGCGGUCGCUGAAAACGCCAGCGGGUCUGCAGGAGGGCGUGGGCCGGGCGAUGCUGGAGAAAGGGCGUGAGUUAAUGCUGAUUCGAGGGAGCUCCUUCUUCAGAGAGGUGAGCUGAGAGUCAUGGGUGAGACCAAAAACUUCCAGAAAGGUCAGCAAGGGGAACAUUUGCCCCAGAUCCCUGCAAAAAAAGGCUUUAACUGUGAGUGACAGCUUUUCAAAAUAAAAGCCUGAGUUCUGCAAAUAAAACAGGCAGGGCGUGAAAUUGUCAGUGAAAUCGGAGAAUGGGGAGAAACAUUUUUAAGGGCAACAUUUAAAAGAGAAAAAGUUAAAUGAAGAGAAAAUCAAGAGAGGAUCUCAGACUUCAGGGAGACUUACGUGAGAGCGGCGAGGUGGAUGUGGUAGCAGCGGCUCAGAGACAGAUGAAGCAGAUUUUUUAGCUGUUUGAGGAUUUGGAAACUGUCGGCCAUCAACAGAGUGCUGUCACUGUGAAACAAAGAUAAGACCAGGUGAUGAACUGCUCUACUCAUAACCACUAGGGGGCAGCAUUGAUUAUUUAACAACAUUCAACAUGCAGCUGAAUCCGCUCCUAUUGGAUUCAUUUUCUGACAUUUUCCUGAGGAGUUUAUGGUCUCAAUCUCAAAUUUUCUAAAUAAAAAUAAAAAAAAUCCCAAAACUGCCGUUAAGUGAAUAUAUUACCUCAAGUCCAGAGUCUGAAUCUGGGGGCAUCUCAUCACCAGCACCUUCACAUCUGUGAGAGAAACACACAUGCACAACACCAGACUGUCAUUUCUGUCUGCAUCUGCUACAUUCGAUCACCCACAGUUACAUCCCAAGCCACUGAGACGUUCAGUUUUACACAGAAGUGUGGAACAGUGUGUCAAAGAUUAGCUUUCUUGUGGUUCAUGAUGGUAAACCGAGCGUCUCAGUUCCCCUGUCCGAGUCUGAGCGAAAGAAAGAAAUGUGUCAUACUACUGUCAGUGUAGGUUUUUUUUGUUGUUUUGUGUCAUGGUGUUCACUUUCAAAGUUUUUGUUUAAGUUAAAUGUUAUUUAUACUCCACAGAAAGGGUUCAAACAAAAGCAUUGUUUUGUAAACACACCAGGUUUGCUUUUUUCAGUGUUUUUUUCUUUCUAUGGAUUGACUCUACAAAUGCUCUCCUAAGUGAAAGUUUCCAGUAAAUGGCAGUGACUUUCUAAAAUCAUUCACAUAAAAAUGGCCCCAACACUCUGUCACUCACCGUCCAGUGUGAGGGUCUCUCUGUAGCCGCUGAGGUUUAGCUUCGUCACAGCCGAGCUCAGAUUCUCCACGACGCUCUUCACAUGAUUAUUGUUGAAGUCGCACCAUGAGAUGUUCAGCUGCUCUAUUCUGUAGGAAACAAACACAAACACAUAGAGUAUUAAUGACUCAGAGAGGUGCAGUGAGACUGAAUAAAAUCUGCUGUUUUCUUGACAUAAGAACAGAUUUCUAACCUGUUACAUGAUUUGAACAUGUCGGCCAGAGGAGGAGCGGAGAAGCCGGAGCAGCCGCUCAGGUUCAGCUGCAGCAGGUUUGUGUUUUUAGACAGAGAGCUGACGGAGACAGAAAACAUCAAGUAUUAUUAUACACACACAAAAACAACAGGAAGUAUCCCCCAGCAUAUUAAGAUACUGAUGCACAGAUAAAUAAUACACAAACUGGACAUCGGCUCCAAGAGGUGGGAGCCUCUUUAUCUGUCUCCCUCUGUUUAUAAUCUUUUAGUUCAAGCUCAGGCAGAAUGAUACUGGAUACUGGAGAUAUGACAAAAGGACAGCACAUAUCAUCAUGUAAAUGUGGUGUGUUUUACAAAUAACAAUCCUCCUUUAUAAAUUGUUGAACGUGAAGUCUAUUUUCCUGCUGGUCUUUAUGCUUCAUACACCUACGUUAAAACCUUUUCUCUGUAAUGUUAGCAGACACUUAAAAUAAUAAUUAGAGGCCCAGAUGUAAAAAUACAGGACUUGCCUUCUCGUCAUUAAUUAAGCAGAAAUUGUGGGCAUGUUCAGUCAUGGCGGUGGGGGGUGAGACACUUAAUCUUACGUGAUGAUGGUGUCAGAAAGCUGCAGACCCUCCAGGCUCAGAUACUCCAGCAGUGAGCAGCGACAGAUGAUGCUCUCCAGAGCCGUGGUGGGGAUGAUGGAGCUCGACAGAUCCAGCUCGACUAUCUGCAGAGGACUGGAGGACAGAGAGGACAGCACGGUCAGGUUUGGUUUCUGUCUUUCGUGUCACUUCUUCAUUUGCCUCUCAGAAGUUUUUGAAAAGUAGAGAAACUAAGAAAUAAAGAAGCCCUCUGGAUUUGCUAUGACAUUAAACAUUGAAUCCGAGCUUGGUGGGUGAAAGACGAAGCUGCUGGACUCACCCAGAGUCUGUAAAGUGUGUCUUCUCCACAAAGGAGCGAGGACAGCGCAGCCUACGGACUCCAGUCAUCAGCACCUGCUGCAGAGCUGAAUCCAUAUGAGUCAGACCCUCCAGGUCCACACUCUGCCAAAGAGACUCAUCAAAUCUGGAACAAAGAGAGAUGCUGUCUCAUUAUGUGAGUCUCUGACUUUCUUAUGCUACAAUAUCAUGCAAAGUAUAAAUGUGCAAAGAGAUACACUAUCAAAGCUUUGGGUGUAAAUGUCACAAAAAAUGAACCCUGGGUCAGCAUCAUGUAACUCACGCUAAGCGGCGCCAGCGCCUGCAGACUGUAGACAUCCUCAGGAGAUCUUGCAGUGGGAGGUAGAGGAGGAUCCUGAGAAGCAGCUCCUCAGGAAGAUGAUCCCAUGAGACACCUGAUGAUGAAGAGAAAAACCUGUUAAGCUUUUAAUUCUCUUUAUUCACAUAUCCAACUUUUGACUGGCACAGCAACAUUUCAGCAUUUUAAAUAACAGAUUUAAUCUAUACGUCGAAUCUAAGUCUGUGAGGGUUCAGGCUCCGGGGUGAUGAUAGGGACUCGGCCUCGUCUUACUUGAUGUGUGGUCAGUUUUCCUUCUUGACCUCCUGGCGAGCACAAAGUGGUUCUCGUUGUUCUCCUUCCCCUUGCUGAUGAGCCUCUGGUGCUGGAGGCUCGGGGACCACUGCUGAAUGAGGUCUGUGGGGGUGCAUUCAGUGUCCAGACUCUCAGUAAGGAAGCCCCUGGACUUUCUCUUGUUGGUCCUUCUGGACUGAGACAACAUGGAGGAGUUCUGUAGGCUCAGGCAGGGGAGAUCCUGCAGAGGUAAGCUGUAGGGAGGGGAGAGUAAUCAGACUUUUUACCCAUCAAGAAGGUUGUUCUUAUAAUUAUGACCAAAGCCCUGAAGAAACAUCAGACUAAGAGAAAGAGAGCGAGGGAAGGAGUCCGACAGAGACGAAACUGUCUCUGCCCGCCAUAUUUCUACAGCAACGUGACCGCGCAAAACCGCACAGACAAACACGACUGCAAACACGACAUUACUCAUUUUUUAUCUCUAUAAAUGCAUGAGAAGUAAAGCUUAAAGAUAUUGUUUAAAUAAAUUAAAUGAAGCUGAUAUAGCAUGGUGAAGUGAAGUCAGAUGAGAGAGGAGGCCUGGCUGAGAGGAAAGCGCGGUAUCGAUCUUUAGCCAUUGUUGACUAAAUCAAUCAAAACUGGCGCCGAACAAAGUUUUGCAGGAAUAACUUUAUAAUUUAAGAUCACACAAAACCUAACUCGGAAUAUAUUAAAUCUGCAUUUCUUUAGUUAUUACACAACAAGGAUAACCAUACAGGUGGCUUCGUGAUGGCUACCUUUUUCACCAACAUCGCUUAAAAUCAAUACAAGACGAAUCGAAAUAUUUAAAUACCUUCCUCCGGACAUCUUCGACUCAGGUUUGGUGGUGAUUUUUCACAGAAUAGUAGAAAAAGUCGCUGUUUUCACACUGAACAUCUACCCGGGACUCUUUAAACUCAGCGCCAGCAGCAGAGCGCCCUGUGCUCACUACGUCACUGACGCUGUACGUGCUACGUCACAACUGUUUUUCUUCUCUGGUUAUCUUCUGAAACUUGCACCGCCACCCAGCGGUAGAAGAGUAUAAUAAUAGUGAGAUAAAAUAACUUACAAUGCUCUUCAAAAAUUUAACUUAAAGGGAUAUUCAGGCGUAAAAUUAAUUCAGGGUCAAACACACCAUAACACCGAGUUAGACACCCUCUCGAGAGAUGAAUGUUGCCUACCGUUUGCUUCUCUAGUUUUACCAACUUUAGUAAGGACCGCACGAUAGCAAUACACAGCAGUCUGAGGAGCGAUAAACAAACCUCAAACAAAACACCACUCUAUAGCCACAAAUAAUGCUCAGAACAGCACCUAACUUCAUUAACGGUACAUAUAGGGUCCAAACCAAUGAAACAAGGGGCCCAUAUUUAUAAGUUAGCAUAACUUAUUAUUUUUAAUUAAUUUUAUUUCUCAAUUUAUUUACCCUUACAAAAAAGUGAAUAUGCUCUGCAUUAGAAUUUAAAACCGUUUGUCUUGCUCUUUCUGUCUUACAGAAAAAUUAUAAAUAUUUUAUUUAUAUCUAGUGUUUUAAUUACUCAUUUCUACAGGUCUUAAAUCCUCAGUCCAUCAGUCAAAAAUCAUGACAGUAUAUUUCAAUUUCUGAAUAUCACUAUAUUUCCACAUAUAUAUGAAAUCAACUAGCUUAAAAAGUCCCAGACUGAGAACUGAAUGGUAGAGAAGUGAUAGAAAAAAAACAUUCGUACAAAUUCCAACAUUUAUAUUUAUUUGCACUCUGCACUUCUUACAUACAUCGUUUUUCACACAAUCACACAUCGUACAUCCUUACAGACAGUGAGGGUGUGUGAUGGCAGACAAUGUGACUUGAAUUAUUUUAAUUCGUAGAAACCGGAUUACACAGACAUUAUUGACACUUAUUAUUGACGUGAACUUAUCUGAUGCUAGCAUUAGUGUUUUUCUAUCUACACACUUACACCAAAUAAGAGGAGGUCCUGUGUGUGAGGCUCAUUGUCAUUUUGGCAAAAUAAAAAGUACAAACUGUGCAAAAUGUCUUUCAUUACAAAAAAAAAAAGACUGUGACAGGUCAGGUGUAUGAAACAGAUGUAAAAACUUAAAUUAAAUCACGCAAAAAUCAUAGAUGCCCAUGUGGCACGGUCUACUUCCUUGUAAUCUGCAGCUUUUGUAUUCAUGGUGUGAAGUGUCAUGACUUCCAUAAACCUCUUGUUCAGUCAGGUGGUCUCAGAGAUCACCAACACACAGUUCCAGUGUUGCUUUCAGCAGAAUCUAACGUUCAUGUAAACGUAUUUGGCUUCAAGUUUAAGACUUAAGACUCAAGCACCACAGAUUUGUGCCUCGUCUGUAAGGCUCUGGGUGAAGUUAGGGCUGUUUGCAAUUGAUAUUAAGCUGCCUUGGUCCCAACUGGCUGGCUGCCAGAGUCAGCCACUGAGGAAAAGCUAGCUAGACAACAGCAUUACCGUGGUGUGACUGAACCUGCUCAGGUAAAGUCCCACUUCCAACGGUUCAUCAAACGUACCAAUUAUAAUUUUUCCACUUCCAGGUAAAUGUGUCCAUCAGCAGAGCCCUCCCUGUGUUUAAAAUCAUUAUUCCAACCCCACAUGAUCCCUUUACUUUGAAGACGCUGGAUCAAGGUGUUUUAGUGCUCCUCCCACCAGGUGAAGGCUUCCUGUAAUGAGGACGUGGAUCUCUGCUGCAUCACAGAGCGAAGCAGCUUUGGCCUUCACACUUGGUUUUACAGGCAGGACAGUUUUGGCUGGGUCUGUCAGCACUGAGUCCCUGCCCUGGGUGAUCCACUGGAGGGCGCUGAGGAUGCAGGGGAAGACCAGGGUGUCAGCUUUCCUCUCAGGGACCAGGGACAGGCUGUCUUCGAUAAGCAGCUGAGUUCCUCUGUUAUCGCCUAUGUUGUUGUGGAGACGCCAGCUCCUCUCAUUGUCCAAGCAGCGAGUCAGCAUGUUCUCCACAGAGACAUUAAAGUUCUGUUGAUCUGUGGGGUGUAGAAAGACAUGAGGGCAGAUUAGUUUUAUGGUAAAGAUGAAACACGUUCUUAAAAAAAUCAACAGUUUCCUAUUUGUUUCAAUGGAACUUUAAUUCAGACUAUGACACUUAAAGCUCCUGUGAGGACUUUUUGACCUUCAUGAAAUAGACUGACAUUCAUAUUAUCCAUGAUAUCCAAAAGUAACUCUGGUAGUUCAGAACUGAGGAACAUCUUAAGAACUUAAACAGGGUCCAGAUGCCCCUUUGGACUGACCCUUGGGUUACAAGGACCUGGAUGAAUGAGGACCUUCAUAGAUGUGUACCCCAAAGAUGAAC